GGGCCUAAGAAUGAGCAUAGUGCACAUCUCGAUAGCUUACACACAGUAACGUAUUUAUUUCACGCAAUAAAACAGAAUAAGAGAUGUAUUCUUUUCCUUUUUUCCUUUCACCAGACGUAGCGGUACGGAACACGUAAGGUAGUGCAUGUGUUCGAGAGAGAAAUGCAACUUUGACUAAUGCAGAGGCGGCUGAUAAAAUGUCACAAGGAAGGAAGAAAUGUGUGCUGUGGUUAGCAGCCACAACACACCCUGCUGAGACCUACAGCCCAUAUAGGUGAAUAGAAACUGUUAACUGUAAAUACAGCUGGUGGUUGCUAUGGUUUUCUGCUGCUGUAAGAAGCUGCAGAGUUGUGCAGCCACGCACGCACGCAUGCACAUACGCAUGCGCACACACACACACACACACACACACCGCAUUCAGCCCUUUGGGCCGGUCUUCGUCCUUGCCAGAGGAGUGACAUUGGACCGGGCUUUAGAGCGAUAACGGCCUGCUGUUAUUGUGACAACCUUGAUCUCAUCUCUUGUCAAAUGCGAUAAGCAGGAAGUGAAGGAUGCGAUUAGAAACGUGGUGGUUUGUGUCCGUCUCGCUGCUGAACAUGCCCGUGAUGAUAUUAGCAGCGCUGUAGUGGCGGCUGGUUCGUGGUUCCCUGGGCGCGUUGGAAAAAAGCACGCGCUGACAGGAAAUGUGCGAGGACCAGUUUGUUUCUGCAGGUGUCUUAAAUGUGGAUAUAUUUGGUUCUUCUGUGUUUUCUCAGACACUCCUACACACUUUCCAUAUUUUCAAUACAGACUCAGAUUAAAACGCAUAUACGCACACCCACAUACAUAUAGAUAUGUAUGCUAUUCUUCAUUUUAUCAACUACUCUUUAGAUUUAGUCUUAGUCCUGAGAUCAGAAGGCUGCGUAAAUAUUAGUCCGAUUUUUACCAACAAAGACUUAACUGAAAACAUUUGAGUCUUUACUAUCAACAUUCUAGUCUUUACAUAUUUGAGUCAUUAAUACAUCUUUGUAACCAUUUUAGUCUGGUUUUAGUCUAAUGAAAGGCAAAAAAAAAAAAGGGUACAACUAACAAUUUAAAACAGUACUCACAGGGCUGACUGUCCUUCCUGGCCAUGAAGAGAUCAGACAGAAAAACACACACAGUUAUUCAGUGUCCUGAAUGUAACUUCUUUAAACGUAAGAGAAAAAAAAGAAAAGGAAAACCUGACGGAUGUCCAUUUUAAGCGUAGGUCUCUUGUGCCGUGCCAGAUUUGCCGAGGCCCAGGAAGCGGCUGACGGAGCUGAUGUCGAAGACGGCCCUGGAGAUCCCAGGAGAGAAGGAGCAGCAGAGGCGAAGCGGGGCCUCCCACACCUGGGGCUUUCGGUUCUUCCGGAGCCCCGUUGAAAUCCUGGCCGACCCCGAACGCAGCAGGACAGCUGGCAUCCGACUGGCGGUCAACAGGCUGGAGGGCUCAGGCGAGGGAGCCCGGGCGGUGCUCACUGGAGAAGUGGAGGACAUGACCUGUGGCCUGGUCAUCAGCAGUAUAGGCUACAAGAGCCUCCCCAUCCAUCCGUCGGUGCCGUUCGACUCCCGCAAAGCCGUCGUCCCGAACAGCAUGGGCCGCGUUCAACAAGCUGCAGGUCUAUACUGUAGUGGCUGGCUGAAAACAGGCCCCACCGGGGUCAUAGCCACCACUAUGAACAAUAGUUUUGACACCGCUCGAUCCUUGGUGGAGGACAUGGAGUCGGGAACGUUGGACGUGUCUGCUGCCAAGCCUGGUUCACGAAGCGUCAGUGCUCUGCUGGAGCAGAGAGGAGUGAAACCUGUGACUUUCUCAGACUGGGAGAAGAUUGACGGUGUGGAGACGAGGAGGGGGGAAGCCGUUGGGAAACCCAGAGAAAAACUUCUGACUGUGGAGGAAAUGCUGCAGGUGGCUCGAAGUUAACUGAACACUAGAAACACUGCACUCUGAGUGACUGUUGCAGUGUAAAACCAACAGGUACCAUACCGAUGGGGAUCAAUGACAUGAAAAUAAAUGGCAUUAUGAAGCACUGAACAUGGACUUAAUUCACACUGUGCUGUAGUUUUCCACAACUGUAUCGAUCUACGGCGCUGAAAGACUGAGCGGUGGCUUCUUGUGGCACUAACCUAAAAAAGACCUCUAAUGGAUGCUAAUAAUAAUGAGCUAUUGUGUAUUGUAUUAUACAUUUUGUAUGUAUGCUAAAGAGUAAAAAAACGAUGUGGUGGCUGAAUUAUCUUUUGCAUUCACAUUUCAUGUAAGGAUAUUUGAAUAUCUUUUAUACAAAAUAAAAUGUUACUUAUGUCCUUUUAUCCCUGUCUUGGAGUAGCAUUUCCUACUGUCGCAUUCUAAGUAUUUACUGCUGUGUCAGGAUUGGCCGCCUCGCAGAUCACGUGGCUCCGACUCCUCUCGGACUCUGGAGUCGACCCUCGCCGAGCACGCAGGCCCACAGCCGACCUCUGCUCCACAACUGCACACAAGACAUGGUUGACUGUGUGUGUGUGUGUGUGUGUGUGUGUGUGUG